AUGUUGAAAAAUAAUAUACAACAGCAACUAGCAAGCAAUAAAGGCAGAGGUCGAGGUGAGGCGGUUGGUGCAAGGUCGCUUGCUGCUGCUGCUGCUGCCGCCGCCGCCGCCGCCGCCGCCGCCGUCGCUGCUACUGCUGACAAUGAAGAUUUAGCAGAAGAAAGUCGGUCAAUAGGGAGCAGAUUUCCAACGGAUGUAGUCUAG